AAAAGAAAUUCACUGGUACACUGAAAGUGUGCCCUAGGCUCUUCCUUCUUUGUCCUGACGGCUUCGUCUUCGGCUCUUCACUUCAUCAGUUAAGAAUCCCCAUCCACCCGGCAGCCAUCAACAUACCGACGCCCACGGCACUUAACUAGCCGCGCCACGUCACCACACCAUCGCCGAAGGUCCCACCUUCUCCGGCGAUUGCAGCAAGUGAGUGAAAUAUAACAAGAAUGGCAACCAAGGCAAUGUAUCUUUCUGUGACUAAUCAGUCUUUACUCUCAAGUCCUGCAACUACAAAAUCACUACAAGUUAGAUCAUUCACUGUGAGAUGCUCCACUGGUGCUGCCUCCACGGGUGUUCCAGUUUCUGCUCCUUGGAAGGUCUCAGAUGCUAGACUUGUUCUUGAAGAUGGAUCCAUCUGGAAGGCAAAAUCAUUUGGUGCUUCUGGGACUCAAGUUGGUGAAGUUGUAUUUAACACUUCAUUAACAGGGUAUCAAGAAAUUCUUACAGACCCAAGCUAUGCAGGCCAAUUUGUCUUGAUGACAAACCCACACAUUGGCAAUACUGGAGUGAAUAUUGAUGAUGAAGAAUCAAUCAAGUGCUUCCUGGGUGGUUUAGUAAUUAGAAGUUUGAGUAUCAGCACUUCAAAUUGGAGAUGCACAGAAUCACUUUCUGACUAUUUGUCAAAAAGGAACAUCAUGGGAAUAUAUGAUGUUGACACUCGUGCAAUAACCCGGAGGUUACGGGAAGAUGGAAGUCUGAUCGGUGUCUUGAGCACAGAAAAAUCAAAGACGGAUGAAGAACUUCUGGAGAUGUCACGCACAUGGGAUAUCGUUGGUGUGGAUUUAAUUUCUAGCGUCUCUUGUAAGAAGCCUUACGAAUGGGUUGGUAAGACCGAUAUGGAAUGGGAUUUUAACUCCAACAAAAGACAUGGUGACACUUUUCAUGUUGUGGCAUAUGAUUUUGGAAUCAAGCACAAUAUAUUGAGGCGAUUGGCAUCUUAUGGGUGUAAAAUCACGGUUGUUCCUUCAACAUGGCCAGCAUCUGAGACUCUUAAAAUGAAACCAGAUGGGGUACUUUUCAGCAAUGGACCUGGCGACCCUUCUGCUGUACCUUAUGCUGUUGAGACAGUGAAGGCUAUUAUCGGAAAAGUUCCUGUUUUUGGAAUUUGCAUGGGACAUCAGUUGCUUGGUCAGGCCUUGGGUGGGAAGACAUAUAAAAUGAAAUUUGGUCAUCAUGGAGGAAAUCAUCCUGUUCGUAACCUCAGAAAUGGAAGUGUUGAGAUUAGUGCCCAGAAUCACAAUUAUGCGGUUGAUCCAGAAUCACUUCCAAAUGGAGUGGAAGUGACUCAUGUGAAUCUGAAUGAUGGAAGCUGUGCAGGUCUUGCCUUCCCUCAACAAAAACUCAUGUCUCUUCAAUACCAUCCGGAAGCUUCUCCUGGACCCCAUGAUUCAGACCUUGUAUUUGAUGACUUUAUGGAGCUAAUGAAAAGGGAAAAGGCAAUGUCGGUGAUUACGAAAGUCGGAAAGUGGGAUCGAUUACGAUGUGAUGAUUACAGAUCCAGCUGUUUACCUGUCGUUUUAGAACCAGAAUCCCUCAUACAAGAUUUGAACUUGUUGAAGGAGAUGGAAAACAGUCAAAGCACGACGAGCGUUAUUGCAAAAUUGAUGGGUUUUGAUGAAACGCCACCCCAUCAGCAGCCUGUUUCUAGGCAACAAAGGGUCUUGUCUGACAACUAUCUUCAGAAAUCUGGUUCUAUAUGGAAGAGAUCAAGAACAUAUUCCCAAAACAAUCUUCUGGGAUCCAAGAAAAGGGUGAAUCAAAGAACAAAUGAUUCUUAUAUUGAGCAGAAAGUUUUGAGUUCUGAAAACAACAGAGAAAAUGGGAAAUCAGACACAGUGUUGACCAGAAAGAAGAUUUUUCUCAAACCAAACUUAGCAAAUAUACAACAAUCUUCCCGACCUUCCUUUCUACUUGAUUCUCAGACCACUUUUGCCUGGGAAGCCAAGAAACAACUAUUAGAGAGGCUCAAAAUGACCAGAGUUUUUCAAGAACGUCAAUUUAGUAGCCAAAAGUGUUGUAAUCUUGGUGAAUUGUUUUCUUUGAACAAUACAAAACCAACCUCAAGAGUUGGAAGUUCGAUUGGUAUUAGCAGCAAUGAAGGUUGGAAAUAUGAUUCCGCUACCAAAUUACCAAUAUUCGAACGUUUUGACUUUUCUAGUUUGACCAAAAAGUCUGUGAAAAUGACUACGACCGAUGUGAAGCCAGGUUCUGGGAAACUGGUGAACGUUAUGCAUACAAACACCAAGAAGAAUCAACUGGUUUCAAAUUCAGCAACUCCCUUCGUUGCAAGUUCUAACACAGAUGCAGGAACUGAGGAUCGUGAAUCUUUUUAUGGUGACACCAAAGAACAUCCCGAUAGCAAGAUUGAAGCUUAUCAUCAUAGUCCAAAUUCAGUUCUCGAACCCCCGUUCAGGGAAGACAAUUCGUCAAACUCCGAGUACUGCGAAAGCUCUAGCAACGAUCUCCAUGAUCUAUGGAUGGAAGAUGAUUUCGGCCCUGAAAUGGCUACAUCCAGCGACGACGAAAGAUCAUGUACUGGUCAAACCCUAGGGUCAAUGACACCAUUCGGAGCCAAAGAAAGUCGCGAUUUUUCAUACAUGGUAGACGUAUUAGACGAAUCAGCGUUUCAAGAUGGCGACGUGGAGAUACGUUUUGAAAAAUGGCAUUCCUCUGAAUGUUUGGCGAGCUAUUCAAUUUUUGAAACAUUAGAGAAGAAAUACGGGAAGCAAGAAUUAUGGCAAAAGUCCGAGAGGAAGCUUCUAUUUGAUCGUAUAAAUUCAGGAAUGAUCGAGAUUCUCAGACCACGGAUUGAUAUUCGUGUUUCCCCUAAUUUAUUACAGAGAAAGAUGAGAAAUAUGUCGAGAAGAGACGUCAUCGAGGAAGAACUAUCGAUGUUUUUACUCAAUCAAGAAAAAGGAGUCAACGAUGGAGUGUCUGAGAAAGCGGUCGGUAGAGAACCAUGGUUUGAUCCGGUGGACGAAAUUGAUUCACUCGUCACGGAACUCGAAAUCUUUUUGUUUGACAAGUUAACAGCAGAGUUAGUCAAUGUUUAAUUUUUCUAUAUAUAAUAACACCGAUCAUUCCACUUUUGAAGCUGAAAGUACUCCAAUAAAAAAAAAAAACAGAAAUUAAACAAAAUACAUGAAGAUCAAGAUCAAGAUCAAUAGAUCAACUUCAUGGUGUAGUAAGGUAGACCUUGACAUGAACAAUGGUUUCAACGCCAUCAGUAGUAUGUUCAUCCACCUGAGGAAGACUUUCAAUGGUGGCAUACCCUUUAGCCUCUUCAUACUUUCCGGUCCCACCAAUGACAGCAAUAUGCGAGAUUUCCGAAGCAGUCCGGUGGACCCCAAAGAAACUAAUCGUGUCAUCCACCUCGUGGUCCCCACCAUGGAACAAUGUUGUAAGCGCAAACGUAUGACUAGACCCGUCUAAUGAGCUCGCGAGGUAAAACCCUUGUCCACUUCCAAUCACCCCGGUUCCGAGCUCGUGUCCUUCGGUCAACUCAUUGUCAAUGACCGUGAUUGACCCAAACAUGAGUUGUUGGAGGGUGAUUCCGGCCGGUAGUUGACCUGCGGCAACAAACGGUAAGUUGUUUCCGCCGUUUACGACAUUGUUGUUUCCGGUGUUUUGUAGGACAGUGUUGGAAUUAGGGUUGUUGUUUCCGUUGAAUCCGGCUAGGAAUGGGAGGUUGUUGUUGUUGACUAUGCCGUUGAUGUUGUUGAGUGGGAUUCCGCCGGUGAUAGGAAACACUUGACUGUUGGGUGUGGAAAAGGGAACGGCGUUUGCGCUUGAGGUGGCUACGAUUCCGGUGACCACCCUGCUUGUAGCGUGGGACCCUCCAAUGACGUCAUGCAUAAAGAAACUCAUCGUUGGAUGAUCUGCUGCACCGGUUGCUGGUGGUACAGUGCUAGCAACCGAUGUAGACCCACCAACGGGUGUUGUCGCUGGUGUCGUUACACCGGUGGCAACAAUUGGAUUUUUUACGACUGGUGAUGGGAUGGAAGGACUGACAAGUGGUGCAGGUGUGAUGACGGUGGGGGUGGGGUCCACUUGAGGGGCCACGUCAGGGGUAUCGGCAUCAUCUAUUGGAUCAGUGGAGUCGUGUUGGUUGGUUGAAAACGGGGCUGUGUCUGUGAGGAUGCGGGUCCCCCUAGAACAUUCAAGAGAGAUUGAGAGUAAAAAGAUGCAAAGUGCAGUUUUGAGAAGGGUAGAAGGGUUGUAGAGGGCCAUCUGGGCGGCGUUGUUAUUGAGGAAUAGAUAGAGAGUUUGUGUUUUGAUGAUGAGAAGAAGGGUCAAUAUGGACUUAUUUAUAUAUGCGAUGAGAAUUGAGAAGUGGAGCUGAUGAGGUACUAUGGAGUUGGUCAUUUUAGUGGUUUGGUUUAAAGCUAAUUAUGAUUUAUGAGCAUAUUUGUUAUGGGAAUUUGAAUGCUGUUGUUGAGUUAUUGUAAGAGAGCAUAUUUGAUCCGCUGUUCAAAAAAAAAAAAAAAGUUUUUGUAUGAGAGCAUAUUUGAUCUGCUCCAAUAAACGAAGGACUAUAUGAGAAGGAUG